CUUGAUGGACCUUGUCAAUUCACACAACACUAAAAUAUUAUUUUAAAAGAAAGGACUGCUUGAGACAUGACAUGAUACGCUUCCCAACGAAACAAUCAGCCAUGCCCUAUUAUGUUGUACGAAUUAGGUUUUGAAAUUGGGGUUUAUUUUGGCACCAAGAUUGAUAAUGUUAGAAAAUUUUUUAAAAAAAUUCAUUUUCCCACCACUAACUCAUUUGGAACAGCCUAUAUAUAAACAGGUGCCCCCUUUCCUUGUGAGUGACACACAUUAUCUCCACCAUAGUUAGAAAAAAAAAAAAAAAAUUGUACACCUCACUCAGAAAUUAUAGUACAUCGCACAUGGUGGCUGGUGGUGGAGAAGACUCAUGCGGGUUCGAUGGGGGUGGUCCGCCUUGGAGAAAUUCACUUCAGGGACACCCCCAUUGCUACUGUGGUGAUCUAGCUUAUGUUUGGACUUCUAGUAGUAGAGCAAAUCCUGGUCGUCGAUUCUUCGGAUGUCCACACUAUGAGAACGAUGAAAGUCGAGGAUGUGAUUACUUUUGUUGGAUCGAUAAAUCACAUGGUAAGAGAAGUACAGAUGCUACACCUGGAUUGCGAAACCAAAUCAAGAUUUUCGAAGAAGAUAAGAAACGCAAUGAGAAUGUUAUUAGAAAAUUAAUUUUUAUCAUUUUUAUUUGCCUUCUCAUCAUUGUCCAACUUAUAUUGCGUUGAAGAUAUGGGUUGUCCCAAAAUGCAAAUGUUUUGUAUGUCUUAUGUUCUCAAAA